AUGUCUCCCGAGGCAUUUGUGCCUCCAUCAGUGUCAUGGCACCUUUGCCCAGACAUAAACAUUUUGGCAGGUAUUCUUGAAAUAACUGCUGUUGAUGUUGGAAUCGUUGCCAUCAAGGGCUUGUUCUCUGGCAGAUACCUGGCCAUGAACAAAAGGGGCAGACUUUAUGCAUCAGAAAAUUAUAACGCAGAGUGUGAGUUCGUGGAGAGGAUCCAUGAAUUGGGUUAUAACACCUACGCGUCCCGUCUCUACCGGACUGUACCCAACAGAGCUGGCACCAAGCGCAAAGCCAGUGCAGAGAGACUCUGGUAUGUCUCAAUCAAUGGGAAAGGACGACCCAGAAGGGGCUUUAAAACUCGCAGGACACAGAAAUCGUCUCUCUUUCUGCCCAGAGUAUUGGAUAACAAAGACCAUGAAAUGGUCCGACUGUUCCACACAAAUGUGAAAUAUCGAGAGAGUCUCCUGAAGACCCCAAGCAAGAACCAGCGAAGAAGGAGAGGACGCUGA